GAAAGCGCGGAGGAAGCGGCCGGGAAGGCGCGCCAGGUGAGACAGCCGCUUCCUGGGCCGGAGAGCGGACAGGGGAGAAGAGGAAUCGGCGGCCGCAACUUUCGGGAUGCCGGGCAGAACCACGAAGGUAAACCGAGCUCCCCCAGGACCGAGAUGAUGAACACCACGAUACACGCCAACCGGCCUUCUCCCGCCCCGGAAAAGCUCCUGACCUCCGGCAUGGUGGCUACCUCGUUCCAUUUAUUCUCUCCGCCGAUGGUCUCCAGCCAUUUAACCGUGGAGGACAGUUCCCAGCUAAGGGCUGAUCAGAACCACUCCCAGGAGACGCAGUCCCUCUUUUUGACCACCUCCACGGCAAAAGCCAUCUCGGGACUCUUCGUCUGGACGGCCCUGAUCCUUACUUUCCACCAGAUCUUCCUGCACCUGAAAAAUUACACCAUUCCCAACGAGCAGCGUUACAUCAUCCGGAUUCUCUUCAUCGUCCCCAUUUAUGCCUUCGAUUCCUGGCUUAGCCUCCUCCUCAUUGGCAGCCAUCAGUACUAUGUUUACUUCGACUCGGUGCGGGACUGCUACGAAGCAUUUGUGAUUUACAGCUUUCUGAGCCUCUGCUUUGAAUACCUUGGAGGAGAAAGUACCAUCAUGGCGGAAAUCCGAGGGAAGCCCAUUGUGUAAGUUGACCAUCGCAAACAUAUCUCUAGCUCUUGAGAGCCGAGGUGGCGCAGUGGUUAAAUGCAGCACUGCAGGCUACUUCAGCUGACUGCAGCUCUGCAGUUCGGCU